CUUUAUGUGCAAGCCGUAGAGUGCGGCGUUGUUGAAGUAUACGUCUUUAUUAAUUUUAUGAAAUUCAGGUGAAAAUGUCCACAUUAGAAGCAGACACCGUGCUGUACAGCAUAUUGGCAUUGGUCAUCAUUGAGAAUGCACUGGAAAUCUAUAUAGCCGUACGCCAGGUGAAAGUCUAUCGCAGUGCGUUGACUGUGCCCAAUGAGCUCAAGGCGCACAUGAGCGAGGAGACGUUCCAUAAGGCGCGCAAAUAUGGCCUGGAUCAGGAGAACUUUGGGAUAUUCAAGGCGCUGCUUAUGGAUGUGCUGCUGCUCUGCUUGGAACUCUAUGUGGGACUUAUUGCGUUGAUCUGGCAGCUGUCGUUGAAUGUGGUCGAACGUCUGCACUGGGACGCCAGCAAUGAGAUAGUCGUCAGUCUGGUUUUUGUCCUAAUCUCGAAUGUGUUGUCCACAUUCAAAUCGCUGCCGUUCAAGCUGUACAAAAUCUUUGUACUGGAGGAGAAGCAUGGCUUCAAUAAGCAAACGGCAGGCUUCUUUGCCUGGGAUCAACUGAAGGGCUUCCUGGUCACACAAGUGGUUAUGCUGCCCAUUACGGCGGCCAUCAUAUUCAUUGUGCAACGUGGCGGCGAUAAUUUCUUCAUCUGGCUGUGGAUCUUCACUGGCGUCAUAUCGCUGGUGCUGCUCACCAUUUAUCCGAUCUUCAUUGCCCCGCUGUUUGACAAGUACACGCCGUUGGAGCAGGGCCCGUUGCGCAAGUCAAUUGAGGAUUUGGCCGCAUCACUUAAGUUUCCGCUAACGAAGCUAUACGUGGUUGAGGGCUCCAAGCGUUCCUCGCAUAGCAAUGCCUAUUUCUACGGCCUGUGGAACUCCAAGCGUAUUGUGCUAUUCGAUACGUUGUUGCUGAACAAAGGCAAGGCCGACGAUUCGGAGCUGACGGAUGAUGAGAAGGGCAAGGGCUGCACGGAUGAGGAGGUGCUGGCAGUGUUGGGCCACGAGCUGGGCCACUGGAAGCUGGGACAUGUGACCAAGAAUAUUGUCAUUAUGGAGGUGCAUCUGUUGCUCAUGUUUCUAGUCUUUGGCUAUCUGUUCAAGUAUGCACCCUUCUAUGAGGCACUCGGCUUCCAGCCCGGCACACGACCCAUACUCGUCGGUCUAUUGAUUGUCUUCACGUAUGUGAUGGCACCCUAUAAUGCGAUCAUAAACUUUGCGAUGACCAUAUUGUCGCGUCGCUACGAAUAUCAGGCGGAUGAGUUUGCCCAUAAGCUGGGUUUUGAGCAUCAACUGGGCCGUGCACUGAUCAAGCUCAAUUUGGAUAAUUUAGGUUUUCCUGUCUACGAUUGGUUGUACUCCACCUGGAAUCAUUCGCAUCCCACGCUGCUGCAGCGUCUGGCACGCCUCAAAGAGCUGGGCCAGUCACAGAAGAAGGUGCAGUAAAUGCCAGGGCAAGUUGCCCCUUCAAGUUUCUAGACCAAAGCAUUUAGCUUCUCACACUCUCUCUCUCUCGCUCCGUAUUGUAUCGUAUUGUAGUAGCCCCUUGUUUAGUUGUAUAUUGUGUAGAUUUCAAUAAAGCAAGCGAUAGCCAGGACUUUGAAAACGAAAA